AUGGAUGCGAAGCAAGAACCGCUUUUAACCAACUGUGAUAAGCCGGAGUGUCCUGUAUGUCUAAGCCCCUUCACAGAACCCAAGAUCAUGUUUUGCGGUCACGUGAUCUGCCGGGUGUGCCUGAUCACGUGGGUAGAUGCGAGGGGAGUGUCGGCAGGCUGUCCACUGUGUCGUCAUCGUAUUUUGGUGAUGCAGCCUCCAGACUUGCAGCGAAUGGAGCAUCUGGCGGAGUAUGUGGCCGACUCUCUGCCAACACAUCACAUAAUAAAGGCGACUGCGCGCGGCACAGUUGACCUCACCCCGGACACUUGUCUGAGAUGCGAAAAUCUCAUUUGUUCCUCCCGCAGCUCCCCCCACCCUCACUGCACGGGACCUCGAGAUGCACAGAACACUGACCAGCACGAGGCGGAGGCUCUCGACAUAGUGAAUGAUCUGUCCCAUAAGGUGCAGAUGAUGGUCCAGUGGACGAAGGACAUGCAGGUCUUCCUCCUGGACAUGGUGAUAUUCUUCCGUGGUCUGGUGGUCGCCAACGACAGGGUGUCUCAGCUAAAAGACAAGUCCCUGCAGUUUCUCACCUUUUUCCAGGGUAAGACAGCAGAGUACCAAACUGUUCUUCUGACCCACCAGCACCUAUUGGAGUGCAUGCGAGACAGUCGUCAGGUGGUGGCCACCAUCCUGAUGAGAAAGCCCAUGCAAGAAAGAAUAAAAACUAUUAUGACACAGUGUCAACGCUUGCACCUAUCUCAUUCACGAGGCUGUCAAGAUCUUCGCUUAUCUUGGAUAAUAAAAUUUAAAAACUAA